UGCUUCCAUUCUUUACAAGAAGCCGAGAACUCAUACCACUGUGCUAGGUGUGAGACAUACCCAUCGUCUCACACUCCAAGGUUUAGCAUAAACAUGCGAGUUGCUGAUGAGACCGAUACGGCUUCUUUCCUACUGUACGAUAAGGAGGUGUCCAAAUUCCUUGGUAUAUCCGCAUCCGAUCUCAGACUCGCACAACUAACCAGGGUAUUAUGCAUUUUUUCCGGCUUUGAAUCUUCUUUAUCACACACUUUCUUGAAGCCAUUGUAAUUUCUGUUUUGCAUCUGUAGGGUGGAGUUAACGAGGAAUAUCCAACAGAGCUUAACUCACUGAUGGGAAAGAAAUUUCUGUUCAAAGUAUCUGUGAAAAUGGAAGAUCUUAAUGCAUUCCAACCAUGUAGGAUAAUUGUUACUAAGCUCUGUGCGGACAACUCUGUUAUCACAAAAUUUACUGCGAAGACUAGAUUUGACGAGCAUAAUAUGGGUAUGGAGAACUCUGAACUGCUGAGCAUGAACACUGACUCUGCUGAGACCCCAAAGGGUACAACCUCUCCCUCUGUUGAGACUUUAUCCCAGGGAACAAAUGAUGGAUUCUCAACUCCAAAUGAUAAAAUUAUCACUGGUGGGUGGUCUAAGAAGCUGAUCGACGUGUACCCCGAUUCUGCCCGUGCAUCAUCAUCAUCCAAAUGCAGGAAAGUGACAGAGGGUGCCACUGCAACUAUUGUCGAGAUUCAUGAUGAGUAG